GUGCCCGAAAGUGAGCGGACACUGCCUCGGUGCGUUUCUCUUGCAGCGCUCUUUCUCCGCGUGCACGGAAGACAAGGUGCGCGCGAACGCGAGCAGCUGUGUGGACUGAGAGAGAGAGACAGAGAGAGAGAGAGAGAGAGAGAGACUCCCACCUCUGUCUGUCAUUUUACUAUUCCAGCGAGGUGCCACCGGGAAAGCUUAGCCUUUCAGGGUACCAUUUCCAACUGAUGGAGCGAAAGGAAUAAACGUCCACGCCGCCGUCUCUGUUACAGACUAGGAGAAAAUCCCACGUACCCGUGGUAGAGAGCGAGAGAGUGACGGCGAUUUUUCACGUUCUUAUUUGGUUUAAUUACGUGUUGACAUCUAUUGCCUGUUGUUAUUUUUUAAAAUUUCUUUUCUAUCUAUCGUAGCUGGAUUUCCCCCCAGUGUUCUCAGCGACGAUACACAGCAACAGCUUUUUUCUAAAGAGUUACUUUUCCAAAAAGCAGGCAUUUUCAUGUUUUUUUCAUUUAAUCGGAUAUUUUUAUUCUUGGAGAUGGUCCCAGACCUGAAGGCAAGCUGGUUUUGAAGGUGGUGGACUCGUUGCCCUCGCCUCGACCCAGAGUCGCCAUGGCGGCAGGAGUGGCAGCAUGGCUCCCUUUUGCCCGGGCUGCAGCGAUUGGCUGGAUGCCCGUGGCCAACCUGCCGAUGCCCAUCGCUCCCCUAGAGAAGAAUAAGAGGCAGGACGAGCUGAUCAUCUUGAACGUGAGUGGACGGCGCUUCCAGACCUGGAGGAACACGCUGGACCGUUACCCCGACACCCUGCUGGGCAGCUCCGAGAAGGAGUUCUUCUACAACGAGGAGACUAAGGAGUACUUCUUCGACCGCGACCCGGACGUUUUCCGCAGCGUCCUCAACUUCUACCGGACGGGCAAACUGCACUACCCGCGGUACGAGUGCAUCUCGGCCUACGACGAGGAGCUGGCCUUCUUCGGCAUCAUCCCGGAGAUCAUCGGCGACUGCUGCUACGAAGAGUACAAGGACCGCAAGCGGGAGAACGCCGAGCGGCUGAUGGACGACCAGGAGGACAACAAGGACAGCAAGCCGCCCAACAUGACCUUCCGAGAGACCAUGUGGCGGGCCUUCGAGAACCCGCACACCAGCACCAUGGCGCUGGUCUUCUACUACGUCACCGGCUUCUUCAUCGCCAUCUCCGUCAUCACCAACGUGGUGGAGACGGUGCCGUGCGGUGCCACGCCCAACCAGAAGGACAUGCCGUGCGGGGAGCGCUACACGGUGGCCUUCUUCUGCAUGGACACGGCCUGCGUGAUGAUCUUCACCGUGGAGUACCUGAUGCGCCUGUUCGCCGCGCCCAGCCGCUACCGCUUCAUGCGCAGCGUCAUGAGCAUCAUCGACGUGGUGGCCAUCCUGCCCUACUACAUCGGCCUGGUCAUGACCAACAACGAGGACGUGAGCGGCGCCUUCGUCACCCUGCGGGUCUUUCGCGUCUUCCGCAUCUUCAAGUUCUCCCGCCACUCGCAGGGCCUGCGGAUCCUGGGCUACACGUUGAAGAGCUGCGCCUCGGAGCUGGGCUUCCUGCUCUUCUCCCUCACCAUGGCCAUCAUCAUCUUCGCCACCGUCAUGUUCUAUGCCGAGAAGGGCUCCAGCUCCAGCAAGUUCACCAGCAUCCCGGCCUCCUUCUGGUACACCAUCGUAACCAUGACAACGCUGGGGUACGGGGACAUGGUGCCUAAGACGAUCGCGGGGAAGAUCUUCGGCUCCAUCUGCUCUCUGAGCGGGGUGUUGGUAAUAGCCCUGCCCGUUCCGGUCAUCGUGUCCAACUUUAGCCGCAUCUAUCACCAGAACCAGAGAGCCGACAAGCGCCGGGCACAGAAGAUGCAGAAAGCCAGGCUGGCCCGGAUACGGAUAUCCAAGGCGGGCAGCUCCAACGCCUUCCUGCACAGCAAGCGCAACGGCCUCCUCAACGAAGGGAUGGAGCUGACGCACUCCCCUUACAAGUUGAACCUUUCCAAACAGGGGUCCAUAGAGGAGGAGCAGCAGAGAAGCAAGACUACCUCUUUACUGGAGAGCCAACACCACCACCUACUGACCUGCCUGGAGAAGACCACGAACCACGAGUUUGUGGACGAGCACCUGUACGAGCAGAACUACCUAGAGGGCGGGAUGCAGAGCUACCCGUCGCGAAGCCCCUCCCUCUCCAGCCAGGGCGGGCUGACGGGCACCUGCUGCUCCCGCCGCGCCAAGCGGGGCACCCACCUGCCCAACGCCAGCGUGCCCGCCGCCCACCACCUGCACAGCCUGCAGGAGCUCAGCGCCAUCCACAUCCAGUGUGGAGACCAGCCCCCCCUCAGAACCAGCCGCUCCAGCCUCAACAUGAAGCCGGACGAGGCGUCCCGUCUCAACUGCAAGAGCGGCCAGAUCACCACGGCGAUCAUCAGCAUCCCCACGCCCCCCGCCACCACCCCCGAGGGCGACGCCCACCCGCCCCCCAGCCCCGGCGUCCAGACCACAGCCAGCUCGAACGUUGUGAAGGUGUCCGCUCUGUGAAGGCCCAGUGUGCCCCCCCUCCCCGGGGGAAAGAUACACACCCGACAUCCAGCAGACUUACGGAGACCAGCAGGGGGAGCUGUGGAGCAGAGUGUGACAGACGGCACCCACAGCAUUCCCUCUCUCUCAGGAGAUACACUGACAGAGACUCCCAGAUGGAGGAUGGCCUUUUAAAAAGUGUGCAAUGAGAGGGAAGGAGAGGAAGAGAGAGAGGCUGGAAGCACUUCAUUCCUUGCGACACGUGCAUCUUCAAACUGACUAGUUGCAUUCCAUGAGUUGCAUCACUGAUCUGAUUGGAUAAAGGAAAUCACAUGUCACUGUGUACUCUCCACCUUUCUGUUUCUUUUCUGGUCUGGCAGUCUUUUUUGAAUAACAAAAAGGAAAGACAAGAAAAAAGUGAAGCAAGCAGACAAGGACAGUUAUUGCCAAUGUUUGUUCUUUAUUUCGGGCUUGGUUGUCCUUUGUUUUAAGUUUUGUUUCAAUUUUGGUCAACAUAUUUACCUGGGUAGACAAAACAAAAUGUAUAUCGUUUAACCAAAAUCUUUUUUUAAAAUAUCUUUUAUUUUGUUUUAGAGAAAUGAGAAAAUAAUUAUAAAAAAGGUAGGUGUGACAGAUAUUAGUGGGUUUUUUAUUUUUGUGAAUGCGUGUAUGUGGGUGUGCGAGAGUGAGGAAUACUGUACAGCUGAUCAAAUCUGGGAUUUUCACGAGCUCUGUACAAAUUAGCUAGCUGCCACUUGAGGUAGGUGUCUGAACAGAUUUCUGUCUAAAAUUCUCAGCAUGAAUCAUUUUGUAAAGCACAAAUUCAGCCCCUCAUUAAGUUACGAUACGCUUUCAUUCUUUAUAACACAUAACUCUUCUUGCUCUCAGUGGUUAAUCUAAAUUUCUGUUCUCCCCCAGUAUAAAUAUAGUUCAGAAGUAAGAAAUGUUUCUUACUAGUGCUUAAACUUCAACUUUAGAAUGGGUAAGAACUGAAUGAAAAGCACAGGGAAUCUCCUGAGAAUUUCACACAGAUAUGUCCUGACUCUUACUCCUCCACCGGGUUGUUUGUGAAUAGUGUUAAUAGGAUAUUUUGUAAUAUUUGCCAUCGUAUGGCAAAACCAGUGCAGCUCCUGUCUUUCAGUGUCGUCUAGUUCUAACGCACCUUCAUGUUGACAAAGGACUUGCCUUCUGUAGAUGUUUAGCGUUUAGUGGUUUCCAGCUCUUCUGACCUUUUGAGUCAUUGGGUGUGUACGUGUAUGUGGGCACGUGUGUGUGUGCGCGCGUGCGUGCGCUAACUCCACGUGGACUACAGCUUUGGUGUUUGUACUUUUUGCCUACUUCGGUGUUGUUGUUUUUUUUUCCAAAACUUCUCGGUUGUAGUUGUUGGCAGGCACCUGCGGGAUGAUCAUCACGAGCCGACUGUGUCCCACUCCCGCCACCAGUGACCAUGGACCGCUGUUUCUGUCCCGCCACCAGUGACCAUGGACCGCUGUUUCUGUCCCGCCACCAGUGACCAUGGACUGCUGUUUCUGUCCCACCACCAGUGACCAUGGACUGCUGUUUCUGUCCCACCACCAGGGACCAUUGACUGCUGUUUCUGUCCCGCCACCAGUGACCAUGGACUGCUGUUUCUGUCCCGCCACCAGUGACCAUGGACUGCUGUUUCUGUCCCACCACCAGGGACCAUUGACUGCUGUUUCUGUCCCGCCACCAGUGACCAUGGACUGCUGUUUCUGUCCCACCACCAGUGACCAUGGACUGCUGUUUCUGUCCCACCACCAGUGACCAUGGACUGCUGUUUUUGUGCUUUUUCUGUGGGUCUUCUGCUUUUUCUGUGUCAUUCGGUCUUCUGCUCUUUAGUGCCGGAGUCGCCUGGAGCGGGUGAGGUGAGCGGGAGGUCGUCCGAGACCAUAGCUGCUGAGCGCUUAGUUUCUUAAAGGCCCACUCAGUAACUUUGGUGGCUAAUCUACAAAAGUUAUGCGGUUGGUAACCAAACACCGCGGUGGAUCAUGGUACGCAGACUUUUUUACGUCUUGGACUAGUGUGUUGAUAACUUCGGCUACAACUUUGCUUAGCCUUCUGAGCCUUUUCUUACUGUUGCAGUUUGCCAUACAGCUGCUGUGGCUACUGUGGAAAUGUCGAGUACAUCUGAGGCAGAUAGGCAUGGUCUAUUUGGCAAAUCGUUAGCUUACUAUUUCUUUCAAUAUCUUAUCUUGCAAGCGAACGGUUCGCUUCCAUGGUGAUGAGCUGCACAAGGACUACAAAAACGCUCUGAUAUCAAAACGCAAAGAAGAAGAAUGAAAUGUGGGAAAGGAAAGAUGAACAACACUUAUGUCAAAUACUUAUUUUUCCUUUCAGAGUGCUUUUCAGGAGGAUCUUUAUCAUUGUUUUCAUUAUGAGAGUAUUCCAUACUGUAGUACCAUGUCUGUAUUUUUGCACGUUGUAAACCAUUAGCAUUUUAUUUGCAACCAAAUUUACUGAGUGGGCCCGUAAGUUACCCUCUGUGGAAUGAGAGGCAUCAAUUGUAAAGCGCUUUGGAUGAAAGCGCUAUAUAAAUGCAGUCCAUUUACCAUUUGCCAUUUACAUCCGGCUCCUUCGCGACCAUCGGCUCGCCUCCCAUUAGUGUCAUCGCUCGUGUGCGCUGCGGUGUCAGGGUCUGACUCCACCCUGCUAUAAGGAGCGGAGGGGACAUGAGGACGCGCACGUCGCUGGACCCUGUGAAGCCCUGUGGCCGUGUGUGGACGGGCCCCGCAGCCCAACGUCGAAUAGGGGAGGGAAGCGCACGCCCCGCAAGACCGCCAUGUCCCAUCUUCCCCCCCACCGCACCGACCGGCCCAACGAGCACCCGCAGUCAUCCUGCACGAGCUGCGCGUGAGGCGUCUGCCUCCAUCGUCCUGCCUCCAUACCUGCGGUAGCGUCUGCAAGCUCCAGCGGCUGGCUGCAGGACGCGAAGGUGCUGCUGUUUCACAGCAAACAUUCAGGAGAAGAGUAACUGCCUGACUGCACAAUGGAGGCUGCAGCGAUGAGCUCAACGGAUUACUGAUUUUUCAAAUUGGGACAAGGGGGAAAAAUUUCAAAACAAGAUCCUAUAAGCCAAAGGAACCUUUAUUUAAAGGAACCUUCUGCUUGGUUAUAGUGGAAGACCAGGUGGGUGUGAUUGGAACUGGUGAGAUGAGGCCACUGGUGGUCUGGUGCACCAUGAAGAUGUAAAUGCAAUGUUCUUUAUGUCUACUGGAUUGUACAUCUGUCCCUCUUAUUGGCUGAAAAAGCAAAAGACCCUGAUGCAUCCAAAACCUUUAAGACGCUGACCAUACAAACCUGAACAACCCAAGUCCAGUGUUAGCUUACAUGAGUAGAUCAUUAUUGGCAGAAAAACACACUAUUAGAAGUCUGCUUUAGCAAGCUGUAAUGCAGCACUGCAGUGGUGUUCUCCUGGUUUGUUGUUCAGCUGUACAUUUGUAUGUUUGCUUUAGUCACUGUGACGACUUGGAGACACUUUGGGUUGAUUGACCUUGCCUUAUUGGAUUCUAAAAACGCCCCCAAAACCCCUUGAGUCUGUGCUCAAGGGGAGGUGAGGUGAAUGCACACAGAGCACUACAAGUGGAGAAUCAGGGUAGCUGUACCUCCCCUCCCCCUCCCCCUCCACCUCCACCUCCACAGGGUCCCUACUAAGGGCACAGUCGCCUUUCCCAACAGCUUGGAACAUUAAAGAAAGCAUUCUGGUGAAGGAGAGUUUUGCAUCCUGUGCAGAACAUUCCUGAAUGCUGGGGGGCUGGUCCUUCAGUAAAGCUGCUGCCCCUCUCCCCCCACCUCACCGAAGCAAAUCUGUUUGGUUCCCUUUCAUCCCAGGGCAGUAACUGCAUCAUUUUCCCUCGACUAGCAGGUCAGCUUUGCAGUCUCUGCGGCCCCUUUUGUUGCCCUGUCAGAAGAAGAAGUGGCUGAAUCUAACAAUCUUCAGUGCUGAGGGAAGCAGUAUCAGAUGAGGCCAGACACACUGGAGAAGGUUCCAGAGAGAGUCGUUCUCAAAGUGACAGAGUAGAGAGCGUUCCACACAUUGGGAAUGGGAGAAGCUUUCACUCCCUUAGGACCAGAGUCUGAAAGUGUGGACGUCAGUGGGGUCGAGGUGAGGCCUGGCUGAGUGACAUCAUCGCGUGGGUUUGCAUGCUCUCAAGGACACCGCUGACAGGGGAAUCAAGGAAGAACAAUAAUUUAAGUGUUUAUUCUUUGUUUUGUUUUUUAACAAAGGAAAUAUUGUAUACUGUAUGUCUGUCCCUUUAUUCUUUUCUCCUCUCUUUCUCUUUCUCUUUGCUGUUUUCUUUUCUGUCCCAUUCUCCUUCUUUCCGACUGCAGUGCAUAUCCUGUCAGAUGUUGUAUAUCAUUUAUGAAUUUGUCUUGUGUCACGACUGUGAAGCGCCUGAUAUAGAUCUAUAUCUGCCACAAAUACAAACCUGUGGAAUUUAUUCUUCAAACGUCUUUGCCUCCAUUAUUUGGGUCCAUUACUGUCUGUCUUCCUGCUCUUUGUGGAACCCUUACCUACACAGUUGCGAUUUUUUAUUCAUUCAUUUUUUCUAAUCUAUAGCUAUCUACAGAUCACUUUAGACUCUAGACAAGGAAGGCUGCAUUCAUUUCUUUCAACUACUGGUCUUAAUUGUUUAAUUUGAUCUGACAUUUUAGGUCAUAUAUAUAACUAGCAGUAGUUCACAAGAAGAAAAUACGUGCAUGACCUUCAGAUUCUUCUUCACACAAAUAUGGUGAUCAUUUGGUGACGUCUGUUUUAUAUAUCAUUCCAAAAGCAAACUCAUCUCGGUCUCAGUCAUGGUUAGUAUGCUUUCUGUGUAUAAUAGACUGUGGUUAUAUCAAACUUAAGCUACAUGCCCAUUCUGCGGAAAGCAUAUUGUUUAAACUAUUCAAUUAAAUAAUUUGUGGUCA